AUGCUGCUGGCUGUACUGCUGGUACUACUGCCUCUCCAAGACCCACGGUCUGCCCAGGGGCACCCACUGUACAUGCGCCUGCCGCCCAGCACCCUGCAAGGUGGGGUUCGGGGCUGCAGCAAGGAGGACAACUUUGCAAGACUUGUGCUGCAUGUCCUAGCAGCUCUGUCAGCCCAAGGGACGAAGGCCUUGCAGGCUGCCCAGAAGAGUGCCCAGUGGGCAGUAAAUCUAGUGGCGAUGGAGAUCCAGCACAGAUUGCGUGAGUGCCGAGGUUGUGCCAACCACACCACCCCGUGUUCUGGACCUUGGCAUCUUAGGCCUCAAGCCGCCUUCCUCCAGGACCCAGCUGAGCCAGGGCCCUGUGGCGAGAGGCUCCCGAGCACCGUCAAUGUGACACAGGCCCAAGGCCGCAUUAUGGGGGGCAGCGCGGCACCGCCUGGGGCCUGGCCCUGGCUGGUGAGGCUGCAACUCAGCGGGCAGCCUCUGUGCGGCGGCGUCCUGGUGGAGGCGUCCUGGGUGCUCACCGCCGCACACUGCUUCGCGGGAGCCCCGAACGCGCUUCUAUGGACGGUGAAGCUGGCCGAGGGGCCAUCGGGGGAACCGGAGGAGGUGCCGGUGAAUCGCAUCUUGCCCCACCCUAAGUUUGACCCGCGGACCUUCCACAGUGACCUUGCCCUGGUGCAACUGUGGACACCGGUGAGCCCCGCAGGGGCGGCGCGCCCCGUGUGCCUCCCCCAAGGGCCCCAAGAGCCCCCCGCCGGCACCACCUGCGCCAUCGCGGGCUGGGGGGCCUUCUUCGAAGAUGGGCCUGCGGCUGAGGCGGUGAGAGAGGCCCACGUGCCGCUGCUCAGCGCCGACACCUGCCGAAGGGCGCUGGGGCCUGGGCUGCGCCCCAGCACCAUGCUCUGCGCCGGUUAUCUGUCCGGGGGCAUCGACUCAUGCCAGGGUGAUUCUGGAGGCCCUCUGACCUGUUCUGAGACUGGCCCCCGCCCCAGGGAGGUCCUGUACGGAGUCACCUCAUGGGGGGACGGAUGCGGGAAGCCAGGGAAGCCCGGGGUCUACACCCGUGUGGCGGUGUUCAGGGACUGGCUCCAGGAGCAGAUGAGCGCGGCCCCCUCCAACCGCGAGCCCAGCUGCAGGGAGCUUCUGGCCUGGGACCCUCCGGAAAAGCCGCCGGCAGACGCCGCCACGCCCUGCGCUUUCUACGCCCAUCUGUGCCCGGGACCCGAGGGUGCCUGUGCGCCCCUGGCGCACAAGCAGUGCCUGCAGCGCCGGCGGCGAUGCGAGUUGCGCUCGCUGGCGCACACCCUGCUGGAGCUGCUGCGGGGCGCCCAGGAGUCGUUCGGCCCGCGCCCGGGGAUGCGGCGCCUCGCCUCAGUCCUGGCUCGCCCCACUCUGUCGCCCCGGGAGCCUCCCAGGCACCCCGCCCGCGAGCAGCGGCUGCACGCAGGAUCCUGGGCUGCAGGUGCGCGGUUCCGGAAGCGAAGGCCUGAGCCACUCGGGGACGCUUACGGCUGCCCUGGGCUGGAGUCCCUGCAGCACAAGUUGGCUACCCUCCAGGACACCCAUGCCUGGAUCCUACAGGUCCCCUUGGAGGGCCUGGUCAUGAACUUUCAGGAGGUCCUGGCGGAUCUGGGCUCCAAGACGAUAACGGGGCUGUUCGGAGCCUGGGUUCGGGCAGGCGUGGGAGGCCAGCGCGUUGCCUUCAGCGGCCUGGUGGGCCUGGAGCCGGCCACAUUGGCUCGAAGCCUUCCCCGGUUGCUGGUGCAGGCCCUGCAGUCCUUCCGCUUGGCUGCUCAGGCUGAGGCAGAGCCAGAGAGAGCCCGGAUGGGUGUGAGGCAGGGCAGGGGGCUGGGAGAGGAGGAGUAACACCCACCUGGCCUUCUGGUUUCCCCAGCCAGGUGGCCAUUAGCCAUGUCUGGGCCCCCAGCCCCUGGUCAGGACCUACUGCUCCUCGGGACUGGGAGGGUUCAGGGAGCCUGAUGAUAAACUGUCACUACCACAGGUGGCUGGGUGUGUGGGGUAGGACAGGGUCCUGGGCUCCAUAGGUUUUCCUAGAUGCGCCAUCAGAAAAGCACAGUUGCUUUAAUAAACGUUA